UAAAGACUGAUUGCCGUGGCCUUCACAAAACCAUUCACACACCAAAUCGAAUCCAGAUUUUUUUUUCUCAAUUUCAGCUCUCCAUUGAAGAUCGCCUUCUUCCGAUCAUGGGGAACUCCUGCUGUAUGAUGUGCGCGUGCGUGGAGCAAGCCAGUGUUGGAGUCGUCGAGAGGUGGGGCCGCUUCGACCGCCUCGCGCAGCCUGGUUUCCACUUCCUCAACUGUCUCGCCGGCGAAUGCCUCGCCGGAGUUCUCUCCACCAGGAUCCAAUCGCUCGACGUCAAAAUUGAGACUAAAACUAAGGACAAUGUCUUUGUUCAACUGCACUGUUCAAUUCAAUACAGGGUAAUAAAGGAAAAUGCAGAUGAUGCCUUUUAUGAAUUGCAAAAUCCCAGAGAGCAGAUUCAAGCCUAUGUAUUCGAUGUGGUUCGAGCUCAUGUUCCAAGGAUGACUCUGGAUGAGGUGUUUGAACAAAAGAGUGAUGUUGCUCAAGCUGUAUUAGAGGAACUUGAAAAGGUCAUGGGUGCAUACGGAUAUAACAUAGAGCACAUAUUGAUGGUUGAUAUUAUUCCUGACCCCUAUGUAAGGAGCGCGAUGAAUGAGAUUAAUGCAGCUCAAAGGAUGCAACUUGCAAGUGUAUACAAAGGAGAGGCAGAGAAGAUUCUCCAGGUCAAGAAAGCAGAAGCUGAAGCCGAAGCCAAGUAUCUUGGUGGAGUCGGGGUGGCCAGGCAGCGACAGGCAAUUACCGAUGGGCUUCGGGAGAACAUCCUGAACUUUUCUGACAAGAUCGAGGGCACUUCAGCAAAGGAGGUUAUGGACCUUAUCAUGGUCACACAGUACUUUGACACGAUCAAGGACCUGGGGAAUAGCUCGAAGAACACUACAGUUUUCAUACCCCAUGGCCCCGGCCAUGUCCGGGAUAUCGGUGAACAGAUACGCAACGGCAUGAUGCAGGGAGCAAGUGCACAACUUAUGGACCAAUAACUCACCUGCUUUCUCUAACUAUCUUCAAUAAAAAAAAAGUUUCACGAGUUAUGGUGACCAAAUAUCUCUACAUGGUUGUUUGAGAUGAUUUUAAGAUUUUAUCAUUCGUCAUGUAUAUAAAUACGUGCAAAAGUUAGUAGUUGAUUGGAUUCAAUAUUAAUGUUAGUACUUGUUACUUUAUUGAA